GGAAGGAACGCGCAGCCCAGAGUCAGAGGAGGGGGCAGAGGUCCGGGCAGCAGCCAGCCGGGCAGCGACGGCGCCGUCGCCCUCCCUCCCUCCCUCGAUUCCCUUCAAACUUGGCCGCCGCCGCCCCCAAAUCCCUUCGCUUCGCUUCAAACUCGGCCGCCUAUUUUUAUCUCCUCGCCUUCCCUUCCCAGAUUGCUCGCUGGCUCCCUCUAUAUCCCACAAGAAGAAGGCAGCCAGAUUCAUCCCCUUCCUUCCUUGCCUCCACCGCUCCCUCCCUGGAGCAAGGAAGCAGGCGGGCAGGCACCGGCUGCCGUCCACGCCCACAAUUCCGCCGCCCCCAACUUCUCCGGCCACGCAGGACCAACGAGGGCAGCAGGGGAAGGAAGGACAAGUAGAUAACAGACACCAGCUCCCCCUCCUCCUACUCAUUGGCAGAAUCUGAUUGAUUGAUUGCUGAGAGGCACCAAAAGGGAUAUGGCAUCCUUCCACCGGCCCCUCUCCGCCAUGGCGGUGGCCGCCUUCGCCGCCGUCUCCUCCAUCGAGCUGCCCGACAAAUUCUCCCACCACCACAGGCUCCCCGAAGACGUACUCUCGCUCCCUGCCAACAAACCAGAGGCCACCACAGCUCCUUCAGCCCCGCCGCUGUCCGGUCUGCAGUUCUUCCCACGGAACCUCCAGGCCUUCUACCCGGCUAAGGCGCCCGUCGCGUCCCUGCCGGUCAUCCAGACCGUCUACCAGUACGCCAAGUUCGCCAAGACCUCACCGGAACAAGAGGCGGCGUUACCGGCCAUCCCUUCCUCCUCCUCGGAUGUUCUGUACCGCUGGCACCUGCCGGACCCGAGGGCGUGCGGCGGCUCGCCUGACAGGUCCCAGACGGUGGUGGUUUUGCUCGGCUGGCUGGGCUCGAAGCAGAAGCAUCUGAAGAGAUAUGCCGAUUGGUACACCUCCAGGGGGUUCCACGCCGUCACCUUCACCCUCCCCAUGUCCGACAUUGUCAGCUACAAUGUCGGAGGGAAGGCUGAGAAGAAUGUGGAGAUGCUCUCGGAACAUCUUGGUGAUUGGGUCAGGGAGGAGGAUGGGAAGAAGAUUGUUUUCCACACUUUCAGUAACACUGGCUGGCUUUGCUAUGGUGUGAUACUGGAGAACCUGCAGCGGCAGGAUCCUUCAGCAGUGGAGAAAAUCAAGGGUUCCAUAAUCGAUUCAGCGCCUGUUGCUGUCCCGGACUCUCAAGUGUGGGCUCUAGGUUUCUCAGCUGCUAUCAUGAAGAAACACAGUGUGGCGACGAAAGGAGCUGCACCAAAUACAAGGUCUGACGUCGUAGUUGUGGAGUCUCAGAAAGAUAUCAGACCAGCAGCUACCGAGGCGGUUCUACUAUCUGCAUUGGAGAAGUUUUUUGAUCUUGUUCUGAACUAUCCGGCCGUAAAUAGGAGGCUGUCUGGUGUUAUGGAGCUUCUGUCCUCAAACCAACCAAACUGCCCUCAGCUGUACAUAUACAGCUCUGCCGACCGGGUCAUCCCGGCAAAGUCAGUGGAGUCAUUUGUGGAGAGGCAACGAAAAGCAGGGUGUGAGGUGAGGUCGUGUGACUUUGUGUCGUCCCCUCACGUUGACCAUUACCGCAGCAAUCCGGGGCUCUACACCUCUCAGCUGACCAACUUCUUGGAGGACUGUGUGCUGGCCCGCCGUGAUGAUUUGUCGUCACCGUCACCGUCUGCAUAGGGUGUUUCUGCAUGAAUACCACCAUAUUUUUUCCUGGUGAUCCAUUGAAAUGUACCAGGAUUAUACAUCGGCUAAUUAUACAUCUGACCCAAUUUACUCGUUCCUUGUUGGUUCGCUUGUGGGUUUAUGUUAGGAGGCACAACUGUAAAAAAACGUGAGAAGAAAAGCAAAACAAAAUUGUGGUUGGCUUGCUGUUGGUUCCAGUGCACAGACGGUUUAUUUGUGUGGAUGGGAGAUGUGCUGGUUUC